UUUCUUCUAGAAACAUCAUCAUCAACUACUACUGAGCUCCGCGCCGCCGUCAUUGUCGCCGCCGUAGAUUUCACCGCCGCCCUCAUCAUAGGGUUCUGAUUGGUACAUUUUUAGUUAUACUCAUAAAAAACUUUCUAUAGCUAUAUGAAAUCACUUGAUUCAUCAAUUUCUGAGCCCUAGAUUACCUUUUAGCUUGAAUAAACUGUUGAAUUUUGAAUGUCGGAGCCGCCGAUGGACUGUACGGAUUCGGAAUCACGGCCAGUGUUAGGUCCGGCCGGGAAUAAGACUAGAUCGGCUGUUGAAUUGCGUAAACCGGCGGCGAAACCUAAGAGUAAUAAAGUAGGUAAAAAUGAGGAAGUUAAGAAAACGAAUGUGAUAGUGAAUUCUGCGGUGUAUAGUCAAUCAGUAACGACUCCGGUGCCGGCGGUUUUGAGGCAAAAGGACUGUAAGGUGUUGAAGUCGAGUUUAUCAAUGAAUGCUUCGUGUUCUUCGGAUGCUUCGUCGGAUUCUUCACAGAGUAGAGUGUCUACGGGGAGGAUUAGUCGGCGGAGUGUGACGCCUAAGCGAUCUGGUAGUGUUUCGAGAAAUGGAAAAGUCGAGAGUUGUUUGAAAACUGUUUCGAAAAGUGGAAGAGUUGAGAGUGUUGGUAGAGGUGAUAAGGUUGAAAAUGUUGGCGUGGAGAGUGAUGGAUGUUUGGAGGCUUCACCUGAUGGCUCACCGGGACGGAAGAGAUGUGCUUGGGUGACAGCGAAUACUGAUCCUGGUUAUGCUGUUUUCCAUGAUGUAGAAUGGGGAGUUCCAGUACACGAAGACAAGAAACUAUUUGAAUUGCUCAGUUUAUCGACUGCAUUGGCUGAACUCACCUGGCCCGGUAUACUGAACAAAAGGCAUUUAUUUAGAGAAGUGUUUCAUGAAUUCGAUCCUAUUGCUGUCUCAAAAUUAAAUGAUAAGAAGAUAGUAGCACCAGGAAACCUUGCGACUUCUCUUCUUUCAGAACAGAAAUUACGAGGAAUUAUUGAAAAUGCACGCCAGUUUUGCAAGAUAAGUGAUGAAUUCGGGUCCUUCGACAAGUACAUAUGGGGUUUCAUAAACCGUAAGCCUAUAGUCAGCAAAUUCCGCUACCCUCGUCAAGUGCCAAUCAAGACAUCAAAGGCAGAGUCAAUUAGCAAAGACCUGGUUAAAAGGGGUUUUCGAGGAGUAGGCCCCACAGUCGUUUACUCUUUUCUACAAGUGGCCGGGCUUACUAAUGACCAUCUUGUUAGUUGCUUCAGGUUCAGGGAAUGUGUAGACGCAGGAUCCGUUAAGGAUGUAUCUGAUGAAUGUCAAAAUGGUAAGUCUGAUGGAAGGCGAUCCGAGGAAGGAAAUGGGUUGGGGCUAACGAGGGUUAUUGAUGAAUUGCGUUUAUCAGGUGAGUAGUUGCUGAGGUUAUUUGUAAUGCAAUGUGGGAACAGCAGGUUAUGUGUACAAAUUGUUGUAUUAAUGGUGUUUCUAGGUUGUAGAUCAAAAUGCACAUACAUGAAAAUGAUGAUCGUAAUGAUGAUGAUGAUGAUGAUUGUGAGAUUUUAUUCUUUA